CUUGAACGUUCCAGAAGUGCACUCCUCAAUCCUGUCCGAUGGGUCGGUAAAAACAGCAAGGGAAGUUCCAGCCCAUGUUUGGAAAUGUUUACUCUGGGGCGCUGUCUGUCAAGCAGAAACCUCUAGAUUGUGCUCUUGGGACCACCUAGUGCACCGUUAGGUGUCCAUUGGAAUUUAUACUCGAGAGAGAUCAUUAUACUGACUAACUAUGGCUCAAGCGAAAAUCCACCAGGCUAAAAUGACUGAAGCCGCUAAAGGCAAAUUCAGCAGAUCAAUGUCUAUGGCAGAUCGCUCCGGACGACUACUUGAAAGUUUGGACCAGCUGGAAAUAAGGUAGGCUAUUUUACAGAUAGCUGGCCUGGCGGCACAAGCCUGAAAACUGUAUAGAGAAGACAAUGCAGCCUUGUUGUAAAUACAGUGCACACACUUGUCUUUGUAGGCUAUUGUAACGCUAUCAUAUAGAUUUGUUUGUGUAGUUUCUUUGAAGAAUACACACACUAUUCGGCUACACAAUCUCUACAUGUGCUACUAUGGUUCCAUGCAACAGCUGGUUUAAACAGAUUCUAAAGAUAGAAAGCGGUAAAGGGUGCCAGUGGAAGAAGGAAGAACGUUCCCUGAAUAGUGUGCACACUGUAGUGUACAACAUGACCGUAUCAUUUACGACGGUGGUUUAUUUGAAUAUUUUACGGUAUCAGGCUGUGUUGUCCUUUAAAAUAACAAACUCAUAACCUUAUUUAAACAGCUGUAAUAAAUAAAAAAAAACACUGAGAAACAGUUGUAGAAUAUGCAAUGGGAUGAAUAAUAUGAUCACAACAGUCUCUGAGUCACGUACUAACACUAACCAUAUCCUAUUGAAAUAUCUCAUGACAAUGACAUCUGUUUUAGGGUGGAGGCUUUACGCGAAACCGCAACUUCAAUGGAACAGGAGAGAGAGUGCUUACUUGAUAUGAUCCAGUCCAUAAAGAAUAGUGAAGAAAUGCGCAGUAUUUGUGACGGUAUGUGUUUGACAGCCAUCAGAUAUCUCAGGUUGGAUAACUUAUGCCUAUAUUGCAUACAUUUGGUUGAAAUAAAGAGACACUUCACUGGUUGAAAUUCUUAUUUAAAGUGAUAAUUCACUCACUGAUGUUUUUAGAUCUCAAAAAGGGUCUUAUGUUGAGUCCAAGUCCUGUCAUGACUUUUGUAAAUCCAGCUAUAUAGCCUACCUCAAUCCAAAAUGAAUGGAAAAGUUAAGCACCAUACAAUUCCCCAUGUGGGGUGGCAUAGGCCUAUAGCCAAUCUACUUUUAUGGCAUAGGCAGGAAUUCUUCUUGACAUUCGAACUUCUGUAUGGUUUUGGUACUUCUGACAAACUUUUACUUUAGUGAACUAUUCUGUUAAAGGUGUAAUGCAGCCGUUUUUAUCUCAAUAUCAAAUAUUUUCUGGGUAACAAUUAAGUACCUUACUGUGAUUGUUUUCAAUUAAAAUGGUUUAAAAAAAAAUGUAUAUAUAUAUUCUUAGCAAAAAUAGCAAUUUCUCAACCAAUCAUUUUUUCUAGUACUGUCUGGGAGUGGUUUAAGUGGGGAAUACUAAAAAUGUGCUGUUUGGAACUCUCUUAUUGGUCUAUUAUCUAAUUUAGCUCAUGAUUUCACAAUUUUACAGUAUUAUUCCCAAUAUAUAUAAAACAUUGGAAAAUACCAUUUUUGAGUGCACUGGGCCUUUAACACCUACCUCAACACUGUACUACAUCUCUUUUUCAGGAGAGAGAGAGGAACUAUCUUUAACUGCUAACCGUCUUCUGGGUAGGACGCUGACAGUUGAAAUAUCAGUGGAAAUCAUAAGAAAUGCCACACAGGAGGAUGCGUUACGCAAGGCUACCUCUUUGAUUGAUGAGCUUGCUGCAAAGUUGCUUGACGACAUGGAUGGUGCCAGAAAGUGCCUAAUGGCACUGCACGCUGCCUGUGUGACCGAGGCACCACCGGUUCCUAUCGAUACAAAAUUCCAGACGAUCGUCAUCACCUGCGCCCUAGAAGAUCAGAAAAAAAUCAAAAGGAGGCUCGAAACUCUGAUAAGGAACGUGGAUAAUGCUGAGAAGAAUAUCAAGAUAAUGGAUCAUCAGAAAGUGGAUGACUUAAACAGUGCUAAUGGCAAAUGAAGGCACUCAUUCUGAUUAAACUCCCCUAAUAGCCCUAAUCAAUAGAAAGUAAUAAUACAUUGGGAGACCAAACUCCUCAUUACCAUACUAUUACUUCCCAUAAUUACUAAAAUAUAUCAUCUGCCUGUCUUCCUGUCAUGGCAUAAGGCAUGUGCAUAUCAAUCAGUUGCCUUGAACAUUUGAACAGUCCUUAUGACUACCACUGUAUACAUGACUGUAAGUCGCUUUGGA